AUGCAGGUCUUAUCCCGGGGCGGCAGGGCCGCUGCACCUGCCGGCGCCAGCCGACCUGUUUGCCCACAUACCACUCCAACGAGCACCUUUAAGAAAGAUGUGUUGCUCUUCCUCCAAGACGUGAGGCGCCAGCAUGUCGUGGCGGCUGCUUCGCGCCGUAAGGGCUAUCAGGAUCAGGACGCUAAGGACUCUCUAGACGUGGAUUCCAUGGACGAGGCUGACGGCAAGCUGACCAAGUACGUGGACCUCCUCAGCAAGAAAGGCGGCGCAGCGGCGGCAGGAGGGGCCGGCCGCAGCAGCAGCAACAACAACAACAACAACAGCAACAACGGCGGUAGCAACAGCAGCCAGCAGGGUGUGGCGGCCAAGACCAAGGCCAGCACCCAGCAAGCCCCGCCCCCCCCCGCCCGCAGCACACCCUCCUUCAGCGGCUUUCAAGACGACUUCGGGGCUCGGGAGGUGUUUGUGUUGGGGGCGGGGCCCGAACGAACCCCCCUAGGGGUGAUGCCCACCAGCCGGGCUCAGGCCCUAGCCGACGAAGCUAAGGAGGACCUCCUGCUCAUCAACCCGGACGCCUCCCCGCCACUCGUGCGUAUUAUUGGGUGGUCCAAGUACAAGUACGAGCUGGAAAAGAACGCCAAGGAGAAAAAGGCCAAGAGCUCCGCUACGGAGACCAAGGAGGUGCGGCUGAGGCCCUCCACGGACUCGGGGGACCUUGCCGUCAAGAUGAAAAACUGCAUGAAGUUCCUGUCCAAGGGCGACCGUGUUAAGCUGGUGAUGAAGUUCGAGGGUCGUGAGCUUCAGUUCAAGGAGCAGGGCAAGGAAGUUCUGCUGAACUUCAUCUCCGAGCUGGCGUCCGUGGCCAAGGUGGAGGGUCCCCUCAACUUCAAGACCGGUACCUACACCAUUAUGCUGUCUCCCAACAAGUAAACUGUCUAUGUGUGGAUGUUCUUAAGUGUUUGCUUAUUUUUCUUGACGUAGCAGCAGCAGCAGCCGCUUGCACAACGCGCCAAGAAGGAGCGGUUUAGGCCAAAAGGCCUAAUAGGCUAGGUGAAUGUAGAUAACGGUCUGUGCGCAUGGGUGGCUUGCUUUGGCGGCUGAGGGAUGGGGGAAAGGAGGAGAAAAGAGAGGCGCUGGGGUGUCUGGCGCUGGAGGUGUUGAUCCUACUAGUGUAAGUAAUGGUGGUAACAGCAGCUAUGUUUCGGAGUGUCGUGUGGCCGACUGAUCGGCUAACUGAUGUCCCAAGCGACGAAUUUCUGGUGUGAUGGGUCGGUAAUCGGAGGGGGAGGAAGAGCAGGCGCAGAGUUGAGCCGGCAACAGAGAUAUUCCAGGAGUGUGUGUGUGUGUGUGUGUGUGUCGGCAUAUGAAGAUGGUUGAUUAGGUGCGUUGAGAAGGGUAGCUGGUAUAUGGGGAUCGCUGCGAGAAUGUUGUUAUCUCGAGGGGAGAGUACAACUGCAGAAAGUUUGGGUAGGGUAAUGAGAAGAUGUGUCAGUGUGUGAGAGACAUGCCGCCGCAUAAGGAAAUAGCGAGGUUGCUUCACCGCUUGCUUGCUUUGGCCGCACUCGUCUGCAUUAUCAGAAAGAGGGGUGUAAUAGUGUUAGAUGCGAAAUGGGGGUCGGUCACGGGAAUGCGGACAGCAGGGUGGUUACCACUGGAAGACGUGGAUUGUCGAUUACCCAGGAAUACCUAAGAAUGUGGAAAUCCACCCUUAUUGCAUCCCUCUGGCUGAGAACUUGGUUUGCGGUUGUCCACGCCGUUUACUUGGAUGCAUAUAUGUUUUGGAUUAGGGACCGCGUGUAUGGGGAGCGGGGAAUGCGAAAUGCAGCUGAGAGAUGGAUGUGGGGCAGAUGUUUGGUGGCUUAGCUCAAGAGUAUGUGUGGUGUAUCUGAGAGACGAUAGUAUUGUUAUCCUGAUCCGGUGCUUAUGCUAUAAAGAAUACAGGUGGUGCUCUGUUUUUUCCCUGACACGGUGUUAUAUUCCAAUGUUGCAGAAUGGGUGGUUCAGGGAGUGCAAUAUCGACGGGUCAUAUAACGAUGCGUCAUGUAUAUCACGGCGCACUGCAGCCUGGG